UCCACCCACGCUCUAUAAAUCUGCUCUCGCUCAUCGCUCACUUCGCCGUCUGACCGAAUGACGGAUGUGUUCAGAGUGGUGAGCUUCUCAUAUGUUACUAGAACGAAGUCGCGAUGAACUAUCCAGGGCGAGGAAAAGCCAGAUAGCACAUGUGGAAGCUUGGAGGCACGGCAAGCUGCGCGAGUUCUACGACGUCUUUACGGCCGUCUCUGAAGCGCGGGACCCGCUAGAAUCGCCGCACUCCAACCUCAACGCGCCGCUCCCCCAACCUGGCGACGACGAGUCACGUUUUCUCGACUCUGUCGAUAUCAACAAAGGUCGAAUCUUCAAUGAAAACUUAUACAACUACCCGUUGUUGUCUGUCCUACAAUCCGCAGAAGCUCGCAAACUUCCCCGUGCGACCGACUCUGAUUCAUUGCCUCAUGAGAUAGAUUCCAACAGUAAAGCCGUCGCCGUCGAUCCAGUUGCGCCAUUUACCAAGUCUGGAUCCUCUCUUCCAGCUGCAUCUCUUACACGACCCGUAUCCCCGACUACCAACCCAAAUGCAGCUUCCAAAGGUCCUUCGAGCAAGGAAAUCUUACCUGUCAGUGAACCAACUCAGGACUCUUCUGUGCGCCCAGAUGCGACUGUUGAGGCCUCUCGUGAUCAUGUUGAGCAAGCCAGCACCCAGAGAGCAGACCCUCCAACGCUUCAGCAGGAGCCUGCAAGCGAAUCAGAAAUCGUGCGUCCUAUCGCAGCUGCUCAAGACGAUAGAGUGCGAGACAGUCUUCAAAUACCAACCCAACCUUGCGAGAAGGAUCGCAAGGACGAUGACCGUCAUGUCUUGCUAGCAACGAAUCAUGCCGACCUGGCAUCUUCUCCGUCCUCGACGGUAGGUCCUUAUUCCACCCAUACGCCUCGUCCUGCCCAGCAAUCGCCGGAUACCAGUCCCGAGCAAGAGUCUUUCAGCGCAGACAGCCAUGCAAUACUUCACCAAACGUCGAAUCACGCCCCACAGAAGGAUCUACCACCAGAAGAGCCUUUGUCCUUGCUCCCAUCAAAAGAACACCAGCAAGUUCUUCACUCAUCUGCACCAUUGACACCCUCGGACCAGCAACACCCUCAUGGCGAGCAAUUUGGAGGUACAGAAGCCGUGGACGAUCAGCCACAGUCAGGGAAGCCUGGCCAGUGUUUACCAUCGGCGCACCGGAGCACGGAUAUAGGCUUCGAAAUCAGGAAACAACCCACUCCGCCGCCAGAUCUCGAUAUGCCAGACGCGACUAACUCCGUUGUUACGAAGGACCUCGAUCGACUGAAUGGAAUAAUACCAGUACCAGUCGUAUCACAAGCGCAACCCCAAGAACCUGCGAAUGGCCAGGUUGCCCUCACUCCGGACUCUGGUGCUCUAGCUCCGCUGAAUCCUACAAAUUCACGGAAACGGAAAUGUGAUCCAGAACAUCAACCAUCGAAGCCGCAGAAGAGGCGACAGUCUAUGGUCAUCUUCCCUCGUAAAGAUGCGGAUCAUUACGAGAACAUGACGCAAAUGUACAGUGACGACUAUGCCUCUUUGAAAGGGGCCUCGCUGGACGACGGAAAAGACUAUCUGCAUGGCCUGUUCACACAUCAAGCUCACAUGGCACCAAGAUCCACACCGCUUGAACAACUUGUGUACAAAGCAAAUAAGUCGGUGACCACCUCCAACUUUUCUGCAGUCAACCGCGAUACCCAGGACUACAAGAUUCUCAAGAGGGUAUACCAGCUUCAAAAUGCCAACAAAUGGUCGUUACGUCAGAUGGAGAAGCCACCUGAGCCAGCGCGCCCUAUCACGCAUGAUGACUUUCUCCUUGCUCAAAUGAUGUGGAUGCGCACUGACUUCAGGGAGGAGCGUAAAUGGAAGCAAGCCACAGCGAGAGCCUUAGCUACAUGGUGUGCUCACUUUGUCGCAAGUACCGAUGAGCAACGCGCUUCAUUGCAGGUCAAGCUGUCGUCCAGGGCGAGAGGUAAUAUGGCACGUGAGAUGGAUCAAGAUCCGAUGGCAGAUGCGCCAACUCCCGACCUGGUUGCCUCGAGAGGUCCUGAGUCUCUGGGCGAUGAUGACAGACCAAUGACGCCGGAUUCGUACGUCAAUCCAGCGAUGCUAUUCGACCUGGGAUUCGACAAUGUCGUGCUACACAUGAAGGAAACUCCCGCAAAUGAACGCCUCCUCCGCGAAAUACCCGAAUACGAUCAUAUGGCAAUACUCCAUCAGGUAGAGUAUGGUCCAGUAGAACCUACGAUCCUAGCCGUCUCCAAGUACGUCACAGGAAAGAUCAUCAGCAGAUCCCAUGGCCCUCCACGUAAACGAAGUCGCUAUGAGUACGAGCAAGAGGACAACAUUAGUGACUAUCCGAGUAAACGACCCACACCGGAGCACUCAAGACCCUCGACACCGGGACGACGACUGCACCGGGACGACCUGGCGCCAGAGAAGACGGAUGUGGCGCUGUUCAACUACGAGAACAAACAUGUGCGAGACCGCGUACACUCAAAUUCCGUCUUCCGACCACCAUCAGAAUUUCCUAUGCCCACGGUGCCUUUCCUGGCGUCGCGCACACCUUCGCAGUGGCACUGGGAUGAAGAUCAGAAGCUGCGUUCUCUGGUGAAGGAGUAUCAAUUCAAUUGGUCUUUGGUGAGCUCCGAGUUAUCAAUCCCAUCACUCUUCACAUCUGGCACGGAACGGCGAACCCCGUGGGAAUGUUUCGAGCGUUGGCAACAGUUAGACGGCCUACCGACUGAGAUGUCUAGAACGCAGUACUUCCGUACUUGGGCAUCACGACAAGAAGAAGCUCAGCGCAUCAACAGCAAUACUCUCCAGCUGCAACAGGCGCAACUACAACAACAAGGCCAACCUGCACCUACUUUGACGCCACGACGGCGCAUCCAACCUUUCAGAGUUGAGCGAAGAAAGGAGAACAGGCACAUUUCAAUGGUCGAUGCGAUGAGGAAGCUUGCACGAAAACGCGAAUCUAUAGCACACAAAGCAGCCGAGGCUGCCAAAGCCGCUGCGAUGAGAAAGGCACACGAGCCUCAGCCACCCAAGACAACUGUCCACACCCCGGCGGAAUUCAGUCGGUUGAAGCAUGAACGCGAAAUACAGGCAGAGAAGCGAGAGCAAAUGAGGCUAGCCCAGCAGCAAGCGAUGAUGAUGCAACGUCAACAGGCUAACCUCAACGCCGCUCGCGCAGCUCAAGGCAACGCAAACGCUCAAAUGCGGGUGGCCGCCACCCUGGCCAAUGCAAAUGGGGCGUCCAACACUAACGCUGGCCCCACUUCGCAAAUCGCUAACGCCGCUUCAAUGCAAAAUCGUCCCCAGGGAGGUCAACAAGCUGUCAUGCAGGGUAAUAUGGCCAAUGGAUCGAACACGGCCGGUAUGAAUAUGAGCUUGAACGGCAUGCCCCAGGCUCAAAUGCAAAUGCCGUCGCACCAAAGAAUGCCCAAUCAGGAGCACCUUCGUCAACACAUGCCACAUCGUCAAUUCAGCACCACUCAGCAGCAACAGUACCAGAUGCAACAGCAACAGGCACAGGCGCAGGCGCAGCAACAGCAGCUUAACAAUCCCAACAAUCUUGCGAGUGCGCAUCGCGCCGGAACGAACAUGGCUCUUCAGAACACACCAAACAUGGUGGCCAACAUCGCUACCAUGACAUCUAAACAGGGUAACGUCAAUGGGGCCGCAAGCGCCAAUGGCAAUGCUUCUAUGGCCGGUAUUGCGAGAAUGUCCGGGUCUCCACAGAUGGCUCCACAGGUCAACGGAGGCCGUCCUCUGUCAAGUGGAAAUGUACCAGUGAUUCAGCAGGUGACGAAUCGCCUUCGCCAGGCUCAUCCGGACUGGACAGCGGAGCAAAUACAUUCGAAGGCAAACGAGGAGCUUACAUCUCGCCUUCGACAACAGCAACAAUUCCAACGACAACAGGCCGUGCAUGCUGCCGCGGGCAACAAUGCGUAUCAAAGCCCUGGAACGAUGAGCAACGGAACGAUGAUGGGAAGCGCCUCACCGUCGAAUGCCCAGCAGUUUAAUCAACAGGCCUACAUCCAGAACAUGAUUCGGAACAACGCGAACGGCCAGUCACAGACUCAAGGGAGCAGCCCGAGCAUGGGUGCUGUCAAUCCUGUGAGCCGUAGCGCGACACCGCAGAACCCUCAACAGCAGCAACAACAACAACAACAGCAGCAGCAGCAGCAACAGCAGCAGCAGCAGCAAAUACAGCAGAGCCCUGGAAUGCAGCACGCUCAGAUGGCUCGCCAGUAGAGGCGCAUUUUGUACAUAUAUCGACACGGUUGGUUUCAUUUGCGGUCACACACACAAAC